UCUUCCUCCCCUAAUCAAGCAAUGGCUACUGGUUAUGGCUGCGGAGGUGGAGCUCUUGUUCCGAUGUAUGUGAUGCUGAUGGCCUUGCUCAUCAGCAGCAGAGCCAUCUCUCGUCUCGAAGCGAAGGGGAGCUGCGUAGAGAACGAGAGGAGGGCUCUCCUUGCCGUCGGCGCCGACAUGUACGACCCUUCCGGCGACUGGCUCGCCUCCUGGACCGGCGACGACUGCUGCACGUGGAGAGGAGUUGCCUGCGAUGGUGCCACUGGCCAUGUCACGAAGCUCGACCUACGAUUCCCUUACCUGGACGUUGUCGGAGACGUCGACGCCAGCAGGGUGAACCCUUCUCUGCUUGAGCUGACGCACCUCAAGUACCUGGACCUGAGCAUGAACAACUUCUCCUCCGCCGCCGUGCCCGAGACGUUCGCAUCCCUGGUGCACCUGGAGUACCUGAACCUGUCGAGCGCCAUGUUCGCCGGCGCCGUCCCUCAUCAGCUGGGGAACCUCUCCGCCCUUCGCUACCUGGAUCUCAAUGGGUGCUACGGCGACCUGCACGUGGAUGACCUCGGCUGGCUCUCUCACCUUCCUUAUCUCAGGUAUAUCGACAUGAGCUGCGUCGACAUGUCGCUAGCGACCAAUUGGUUCCACUCCAUCAACUCCAUCCCCUCCCUCCAAGUGCUGCACCUGCAGUGGUCGAAUCCCACCACCCUCGAGCAUCUCCAGCUCGGCUCCUGCGGCGGGUUCGAUAUCCAGCCGCUGCAACCUGCGCUGGCGGCUCUCACUAACUUGCUGGAAUUAGAUCUGUCGGCCAACGACAUCGAAGGCGAAAUCUAUGGGAUUGUGGGCAACGCCAGCAAGCGCUUGCGGAAUCUGGAUCUGCAAUGGAACAAGCUAACCGGAGACAUCGCACGCAUCUUGGUGAGCCUAAGGCACCUGGAGUACCUGGUCAUAGACAACAAUCAGAUCACCGGGCAUCUUCCCGAGAUGCUGGGAAAUCUCAGCAGCCUACGGUAUCUAAGCUUCAGCUCCAAUCAAAUUUCCGGUGACAUUCCACAGACCGUUGGGAAUCUCCUUCGCUUGGAGUUCAUAUACUUCUCCGGCAAUAACCUCAGUGGCGAGAUACCACAGAGCAUAGGGAACCUCACCAACCUGAUACAAUUGUAUUUGGGAAGGAACACCAUCGCCGGAUCGAUACCGGAGAGCAUCGGCAAUCUCCGCAACCUCGAAGAGCUCUACCUGUCGCAUAACAGCAUCACAGGGCACCUACCUCCGUCCAUUGGGAACCUGGAGAACUUGCAGGCCAUGUACUUGCAGAACAACUUCAUUACUGGACGAAUACCAGCGACCGUCGGGGGCCUCCGAAGCUUGCGGCGCCUGGACAUGUCAUCCAACAGCUUGACGGGGAACAUACCGAGGGGAAUGGGAAGCUUGUGCAACCUAGAGUACAUCGAUUUGUCCGACAACAUUGUCGCAGGGGAGCUUGCUGAUUUCAUAGAUGGUUUGUCGAACUGCUCUCCACCACUGCGUCUAUCUUCCCUGCAUGUUUCUAACAACAAUUUGAGUGGGAUCAUCCCUCCAAGCUUGGGCCAGUUAUCUGAACUCUCUGAGUUGUACCUCCCCUCGAACUCUUUGGCAGGGAAUGUGACCGAAUCCCACUUCGCCAAUCUCGCCAUCUUAAAGUUCUUGGACAUUUCUCAGAACACCUUGAGGGUGAUCCUGCCUGACGACUGGGUUCCUCCUUUCGAUGCCUUCACCAUUGGAAUGAGCUCCUGUCAUCUGGGAACCAUAAUUCCUGCUUGGAUCCGAACCCAGACGAGCCUAGAAAACCUGUACCUGUCCAGAACAGGGCUCUGGGGUGCCGUUCCAGCUUGGUUCUCGGGGUUCAACCCCAGUGGCUGGCAUUACCUUGACUUGAGCUCCAACAGCUUGCAUGGUUCAUUACCAGUUGUGCGUUCUGUCGAGCAGAGCAUCAUAAACCUCUCCAACAACUCCUUCUCGGGACCUCUCCCCCGGAGCUUUGCAGCUGAUCUGAACCCAUCCAUCUUGACCUUGUCUGACAACCGUAUCAGUGGAGACUUCCCUCCCUUCUUUUGCAACAUGACCUUACUGGAAGUCCUCGAUCUGUCCAACAAUGGCUUGUCCGGGGAGUUGCCGGACUGCCACAGCUCAUAUCCAACAUCGCUACAGUCUCUGCACCUGAACAAUAACAGCCUCUCUGGAAGUCUUCCUGCCUUCUUGAAACACUGCAAGCAAUUGAUCACCCUUGAUCUGGGUGAGAACAGGUUGUCUGGUGAGCUACCGAGGUGGAUAGGAAGCAGCCUCUCGUCUUUGAAGGUUCUUCGGUUGAGGUCCAAUCUACUCCAUGGCACCAUCUCGGCGCACAUAUCCAACCUCACAUCCCUCCAUGUCCUGGAUCUCUCCUGCAACAAUAUUUCCGGUGCCAUCCCUUCGUCCAUUGGAUUGCUGGACGCAAUGGUCGUGAUACAGAAUGUCAUAGAGCCGCUGAUCGACAGCAACGCGCGGUACUACAGUGAGCAUGUCCUGAUAACCACCAAAGGAUCGACCAUCGAGUACAGCACCGUGCUAUCGCUGGUGACGAGCAUAGAUCUGUCGAACAACGAUCUGCAUGGUGAGAUUCCGGUUGAGCUGACCGAUCUCCAUGGACUGCAUUUCCUGAACUUGUCCAAGAACCAUUUGGCGGGGGAAAUCCCGACUGAUAUUGGCGGCAUGAGGCAGCUGGAAUCACUCGACCUGUCGAUGAACAAUCUCGGCGGCGAGAUUCCUUCGAGCUUGUCUGCUCUAAAUUUCCUGAGCCACAUGAACCUGUCUUACAAUCACUUGUCCGGAAGAAUCCCGACGAGCGAUCAAUUGCAGACCUUAAAUGAUCCCUCGAUCUACGUCGGAAACAAAGGCCUCUGUGGAACGCCUUUGCCAAAGUGCCCCGGUGAUGAAGCUUCUCAAGGUCCAGCUUCUGCAGGAAUUCAAGAAGAAGAUAACAGUGACAAGCUCGAAAUGAUACUGAACAUUGCUAGCAUUGUCAUAGGAUUCGUGGUUGGAUUUUGGGGUUUUGUUGGCACAAUGAUCGUGAAACAGGGCAUGAGGAUUGCUGUCUUCCAAUGGAUCGACAGGAUCUAUUGGCGGUUGGCAGUAAAACUGGCAAAGCUGAAGCUAAAAGGACAAAGAAUGACUUGAGCUGUGGCAAAACAUGCUAUCUAAUAUUACUACUACUGCUAAUGGCAUGUGUUUCAUGGUUUCGUGUUAUCUGUUUCCAAGUUACAUGGUCAAAUCACAUUCUUCUGAAAUCUACAUGUGUAGAUUAAGCUUC